GCUGAGUGGGUGGAAGGCAUCACUCUUGAUUUUCACAAACCUGCGAACUUUUAGUCGAAGAUGGAUUCCGAAGAGCGUCCUGCGAAGUUGCGCAAGCUAGAGCAUGCGGAUAGCGUUGAGGACGUGGCAGAAACACCUACGAUUCCGACACCAAACGAACAAUUACCUGUCGCAGCAGAAAACAGCAUUCAAGCCGACGCCGUAGAAUCUGUCGGAACUCCGGCUGGGAGUGAGAAUGCGGAGCCAAAAUUAUCCAAAAACCAGCUCAAAAAGCAAAGGCGGCUCGAACGCUGGGAAGCCGGUCGCGAAGAUCGCAAACUCAAGCGAAAAGAGAAAGUCAAAGAGAAGAAAGAGCGAAGGCGAGAAGAGUGGGCGCAGAUGCCUACCGACGAGAAUGGCAAGAGACCAAGACCGCCAGCUUCACGACCCCCUCGGCAGGCAACUGGAAAGCAAGUACCAAUCACAGUCAUCUUCGAUUGCGAUUUCGAAGAGCUGAUGUUUGACAACGAGCUCAAGAGCUUGGGACUUCAGAUCACGAGGUGUUAUAGCGACAAUCGAAAAGCGAACUUCAGAACCCACCUAGCUUUGAGCAGCUUCGGUGGAAAGAUGAAAGAGCGUUUCGAUGGCAUUCUAGCAAAGCAGUACACGAGUUGGAAAGGGUUCCAGUUCUUCGAAGAAGAUUUCGUUGAGGUUUCUGAGAAAGCGAAGGCGUGGAUGUCAGGGCCAAACGGAGGAGAAGUUCUCGGUGCCUUGAGGGCGUCAGCAGAAGCCACUGGAUCAGGCGAUCAAGAACAAACCGAUGCUCCAGCAGAGGAAGGCGAAGUCGUCUAUCUUUCAUCUGAGUCCGACAACGUUCUUACUCACUUGAAGCCCAACAGUACAUACAUCAUCGGUGGUUUGGUUGACAAGAACCGGCACAAAGGCAUAUGUCACAAGCGCGCUGUGAACCGUGGGAUCAAAACUGCAAAGCUACCUAUUGGCGAAUAUCUCGAGAUGAAAAGUCGGCAAGUCUUGGUCACGAACCAUGUGCUGGAGAUUAUGCUCAAGUGGAUGGAGUUUGGGGAUUGGGGUAAGGCGUUCAUGGCGGUUAUGCCCGAAAGAAAGGGUGCUAAGCUUAAGAGUGACGGAGACGACGGGGAAGAAGACGCAGAUGCUGCGGGAGAUGAGAAUUUGGAUCGAGACCUUGCAGACGCGACAAAGGAGGCAGACGCUGAGACUACAUAGACCAUCUGAGGCGUCAUCUUGAGAGUGUAGAGAUGUCGACACUAGUAGCAUUCGAUCAAGAAUGGAACUCUCGGUGCCUUCUCGAGUCGAUGCAUGCUACGAGAAAUGCGACUGUGGGUCGCGGGGAUGACUGAUGUUGACUAUCAUAGCGCAGAGAUACCAGCAUCGAACAUUUCUAUCUCAACUACAGUCAUCCUCGAGUUCUCGACUGACAAUGGGGAUCCUGGCUUGAAUGCACGACGAAUACGCGAGGUCAGCCCUACCGGGUAGCGGAGAUCAAGCUUUCGCGCGACACGCUAGCAAGCUAAAGCGG